GUGUUUAUUUGUACGAGAAUAAUUUGUAGAAGACUUCGAGGGGUGGAGUCAAGGCCAAUGUUUGAGAUUGAAUCCAGAAUUGAUCUUGAACAGCAGCCAGAGCACCGGACUAAUGGCCUUGAACCUAUGCUGGUCGCUGCAAUUCCCACUAUGAGGUUCAACCAUGAAGCAUUCAAUUCCGUAGAAGAUGCACAGUGUUCAAUAUGUCUGGGGGAGUACCAAGAGAAAGAAAUACUAAGAAUUAUGCCCAAAUGUGGUCACAAUUUCCAUCUCUCUUGCAUUGAUAUUUGGUUGAGAAAACAGUCUACAUGUCCUGAAUGUCGAUUACCAUUAAACGACGCUCUUGAGAAAAAGAAUAUGAGGCAAGCUACAGCUACAUUCAACAGUCCUCAGACUUCAAUGCACCAUUCAAGCCAGUGGCGGCUACCUGCCUCUGAACCUUCAAUAGCGACUGGAAGUAACCAAGGACGCAUCGACUCUGUUACCGAAAACACAGAACCAGCUUCUGGAGCAUCAGAAUCAACGCAUAGAUGAAUUAAGAGGAUUAGUGUGAUCUUGAGAGCUUCUUUGAGUAAUGUUUUCCAAUGCAAGUCUUGUGGUUGAGCAAAGUGUAUACUAUUUGAGGCUUUGUAUAGAUCAUUUGUACAUAGAAAUAGAUAGAGUUGAUUUUCUUUUGUUGCGACAGAACUGUCAUUGUUUUGGUAAGUUCAGAAAAUAAGCUCAAUUAAUUGCUAUAAAAAUAGCGUUCC